CGCCGCCAUAGCCCUCUCCUCCACCCUCCUCUCCUCCUCCCUCCCCUCCCCUCCUCCCGCCUCCGCCGACAUCGCCGGCCUCACCCCCUGCAAAGAAUCCAAACAGUUCGCCAAACGCGAAAAACAAUCCAUAAAAAAACUUGAAUCCUCCCUUAAAAAGUACGCGCCUGACUCCGCUCCUGCACUCGCCAUCAAAGCCACCAUUGAAAAAACCAAGCGCCGAUUUGACAACUAUGGCAAGUUCGGCCUCCUCUGCGGCUCCGAUGGUCUUCCUCAUCUCAUCGUCAGCGGUGAUCAGAGGCAUUGGGGGGAGUUCAUAACGCCGGGAUUGCUGUUCCUGUAUAUCGCAGGGUGGAUUGGAUGGGUUGGGAGGAGCUAUUUGAUUGCCAUCCGAGAUGACAAGAAGCCCGCGAUGAAGGAGAUUAUUAUUGAUGUUCCGCUCGCUGCUGGUCUGCUGUUUCGAGGCUUCAUUUGGCCUGUUGCGGCUUAUCGCGAGUUCGUCAAUGGCGAUCUUGUUGUGGAUGAUAAGGAUGUGUCCAUCUGGGGAUGAGCUUUCCGAGGCAUGAUUGAGGUGGGGAUGGCAGAAGAAAAGGGAAGGAGAUGAGCUGAAGAUCUAAGAUGGUUUUGUUUGUAUCUAUUUAAAUUUGGGAAUUUUUAUGUUAAUGUACAAUUUGCUGAACAUAGUGUAAUGAUGGCUUUUUUGGUAUAUAGUUCUUGUCAU